AAAGUUUGCGAAUGCUCGUGUGUGUAGCGACCACUUCAUAUCAGGCAAACCAGCAGACCUACAAAAGAAAGAUGACCCAGACUGGGCACCAAGUCAAAAUCUUGGCCACAACAAUGUGAAAAAAGAGAAACACAGAACGAUCGUCUCGCUACCAAGGGAUAAUUGAAAAGAAGAGAAGAUCUGAAACUGCUAAUGCCCUUAUAGCAAUGUCAAGCGAGCAGCCCAAUGAGGUUGUUGAUAAAAUGGACACCUCUGAACCAAAGGCAAAUGAAAUGUCAACACAGACUGAUAAAACUGUUAAUGAGCUGAGGUUACUUGAAGAUGAGGUGGAUUUUCUAAGGAAGGAAAAUUCUGAUUUAAAGAAAAAAUUAUUGCAAAAGGAACUAAAUGAGGAUGCAUUUAAAGAUGAUGAUGAAAAGGUACUCUUCUAUACAGGUUUACCUACCUGGAAGCUUCUUUUGUGCCUUUACAACUUUGUGUCUGGCUUCUUGUCACAAUCAUCCAGGUGUAUGCUUAGCCCUUUCCAGAGACUCAUUCUUACAUUAAUGAGAAUGAGACUCAACCUUUCUGGUAAAGACUUAGCCUAUAGGUUUGGUGGAAUUCACGAAGCAACUGUUUCCAGAGUUUUUAUUCAAGUGAUGGAUAUUCUACAUAGCAGGCUUUGUCCACUUAUCCAUUGGCCUGAACGAGAAGCCUUAUUAAAAACAAUGCCCAUGGAUUUUCGCAAGAACUGCCCAGCAUGUGCUGUGAUAAUUGAUUGUUUUGAGAUUUUCAUCGACCGUGCAUCUAAUCCUUUAGCCAGGGCACAGACAUACUCAUCAUACAAACACCAUAACACUGUCAAGUAUUUGAUAGGAAUUACUCCCCAAGGUAGUGUAAGCUUCAUAUCUGAUGGAUGGGGUGGUCGUGUCAGUGACAAACACUUAACAGAAGAAUGUGGUCUUCUAGAAAAGCUUACCCCAGGGGAUGUAAUUCUAGCAGACAGAGGGUUUGACAUACAAGAAUCUGUUGGAUUGUAUUGUGCUCGUGUAAAGAUACCAGCUUUUACAAAAGGAAAAAAGCAAUUAAGCGGGAUUGAGGUGGAACAAACUAGGAAGAUUGCUAAUGUAAGAAUCCAUGUGGAACGUGUAAUUGGCAAUAUUCGAAAAAAAUAUGGAAUCCUUUCUGCAACUCAACCAAUAGACUUUGUUGUUUCAAAAGGAAGAAAGACCACACUUGAUAAAAUAGUAACAGUCAGCUGUGCAUUGAAUAACAUGUGUGAUUCAGUAGUCCCAUUUGAAUGA